CCCUAAGCUUUACCCCCAAAUCACUUCUCUCUCUCUCUCUCGAAGGGGAUGAUGGAAAGCGGAAACCAUUUGGUUGCGUCGAAACUGAUUCGAGUCUCUCUACACGAAGUCGAAAACCAUCUCGAACUCUCGCUGCGUCAAGCUUACGAGAGCCUCGAGCCGAAACUCCGGCCACCGUUUUCCCUGGAAAUCCCAGACCCGCAAGAGUAUCUUGAGCUCAAUAGAGCCAUCGUCUAUGGCGUUUUAUGUGAUUCCGAUUCUCGUAAAACCCAUAUCAAGCAUCUACACGCUCUCGUCGCUGAUGGGUAUGCGUUUUUCACUAGUUUGCUCGUUGGAAUCGUCGUUGAAUUGUAUGGUAAGCUUGUUGAUUCCGCUAAGGAGCAGAUGAUUUGGGUAACGAAGGAGAUGAUCGGUGUUUCGAGUGUUGGGCUUGAGGAUUUGCUCGUGUAUUUGCUAAGAAGAAUUGGAAGUGGGGAUUAUGGUGAUGAGAAUGUUUGGCUUUGUUCUGAAUUGGUAAGCUUGUUUCUUGAAGAAUGGGAUUGUUUGCUUGAAGAUUCUCCUUUGGUUUUGACUAGUGCUCUGUAUGGUUUUCUUCGUUUAUUAGCGGAACAUUGUAAGGUUUCAGGCGUAGCAAAGCUCGAAAAUUUGAAGAGAUUGGAGAUCAAAUUCUGUGUUAAAAUGUUUAGAGAGCAGAUGGAUUUGUGUUUGAAGAUUGGAAGAGAUCUUCUCCGGUUAUUGCUGGAUCUAGUUCACUUGUCUGAGUUCAGAGAGAUAUGGAACGAUUUGUUCGUAAACUUUGACAUUUCGCGGAUUUACAAGUCGAAAACUUCGAGUAGAUACUUCCUUCUCCGAAUCACUCCUGAGAUGGAAACUCAACUAAGGUUCUUGCUUGGAAAUGUGAAACUAGGAAGCCAUAAGCGGCAUCAGAUAUGGUUCUUGAAGAAGUUUCUCUUAGGUCCUGAAAAAGAAACGCUUUUGAUCGAUAUAGUGCGAUUCAUCUGCUGUGUGAUUCACCCGAGUAACGAAAUCAUCCGAUCAGAGAUCUUGCCAAGAUGGGCUAUCAUAGGAUGGUUUCUUGAACUUUCUAGGCACAACCAAUACAUCGAACAAGGCGUUAAGCUGGCUCUGUUUUACGACUGGCUCUUCUUUGACGAAAGAGUCGAUAAUAUAAUGAAUGUUGAACCAGCUGCUCUACUGAUUGCAUGGUCAAUACCACAGUAUCCACACAUCACUCGCUCUUUACUUGAGUUCUUGCUUCAUCUUGUGGACACUCAGGACACAAACCAUCGAGAUUUGGUUGCGAGAGGUGUGGCAUCAACGUUUAGAGAGAUUGAGCGGAAAGGAGUUGUUCGAUCGUUAGAUGUAUUUCUAUCAAAUCCUGCAGUUGUAUCAGACCUGAAGAUGAAGCUAGCAAAUCUGUUGUCAUCUCAUGGAGAGAAGGUGGAAGUGGAGAGAGUUGACAAAUGAAUUGGGCCUUUAUAUGAA